CAUACCUGGCUAAGUAUGUUUAGUAGAGAUGGGGUUUCACUGUGACCUCCUGACCUGCCCACCUCAGCCUCCAAAAGUGCUGGGAUUAUAGGCAUGAGCCACCGCACCCGGCCUUUUUUCUUCUUUCUGAGAUAAGGUCUUGUGCUGUCACCCAGCCUAGAGUGCAGUGGUGCAAUCAUGGCCCAGUAUAACUUUGGCCUUCCAGGCUCAAGCAAUCCUCCUGCCUCAGCCUCCCAAGUAGCUGGGACCAGAGAUAUGUGCCUCUAUGCCUGGCUAAUUUUUAUAUUUUUUGUUGAACCAAUUUCUUGCCAUGUUACCUAUGCUGGUUUUAAACUACUGGGCUCAAGCAGUCCUCCCACUAUGGCCUCCGAAAGUGCUAGAAUUACAGGCAUGAGGCACCACGCUCAGCCAGAAAAUUUCGGCAUAUUCAAAAGUAGAGACUACGAUGAAAACCCUUCAUGUACUCAAUACCCAGCCUCGGGGUAAUUGUGAAGCAAGUCCCAGGUACCAGACCACUUCAUCUUUUGGUAUUUUACUAAUAGCAUGUGACUCUGAAAUAUAAGGCCAGGUGCUGUAGCUUACACCUGUAAUCCCAACAUUUUGGGAAGCCAAGGCAGGAGGAUCACUUGAGCCCAGGAGUUUGAGACCAGCCUGGGCAACAUAGUGAGACCCCCCCCCACCCCAUCAAAAAAAUUAUUUUUUUAAAUUAGCCAGGUGUGGUGGCUCACAUCUGUAAUCCUAGCACUUUGGGAGGCUGAGGUGGGCGGAUCAUUUGAGGCCAGGAGUUCAAGACCGUCCUGGCCAACAUGGUGAAACCCUAUCUCUACAAAAAAUACAAAAAUUAGCCAGGCACAGUCGUGCAUGUCUGUAAUCCCAGCUACUAGGGAAGCUGAGGCAGGAGAACUGCUCGAACCUGGGAAGCGGAGGUUGCAGUGAGCCGAGAUGGUGCCAUCGCACUCCAGCCUGGGUGGUAGAGCAAGAACCUGUUUCAAAAAAAAAGAAAAAAACAUUAGCCAGGUGUGGUGGCACAUGCCAGGAGGCUGAUGUGGGGUGACCCCUCAUCCCAGGCUUCAGUGCACUGCACUCGAGCCUGGGCAACACAGCGAGACCCUGUUUGAGUCCUUACGGACUUAAGAGCUUUGAGAGCCUGUGUCCUCGCAUGAAACUUCCCCCGUCACUGCGUCAGGGUUUGCUUUCCAGGACUGCCUCUCACAUGGUUUGUUACAUAAAUGUCUGUUCGUAUGAAUAAAAGACUGGAUGUUUUAUAGGAUCUAAGUAAGGUCCGCACAUUUUACUGACAUGUCUCGUUGUUUUAUUUAUCAUCCAGCUCAAAAUGUCAGUUUUUUUAAUCUGUGAGUUCUGCCUCUCUCCUUCCCAUUUUGAACUCUGCUGAUGAGCCUGUCCUUGGCCCAGUACAGUUUCCCGCAGGCUGGGUCAUACCGUGUCCUCACGGUGCUGUUGAACAUGACCCUCUGUCCUUGUCAUUUAGAUCUAGAGGCUUGAUCAGAUUCAAGAUUGUUUUGGCAAGAACUCUUCUAGGUGCUGCUGUCUUUAGACAGCAUCCAGCCAUUCCACUCCAGCCUUAGAAGGGACAGAGCUGUCUUUUGUGAUGUUAGCAGCCACUGACAUCAAGGCUGACAUUAGGGACUGCAAAAUGGUGACUUUCAAAGGCUAGCGUUCCUUCCUUGUGUAUAAGCUGGAAUCCACCUGUGUAAAGACAGCCUUCUCGAACUCUGGGCUACCGGGCAGCACUCUGCACGGGAAGGCACUGCCCUGAUCCCUGGGCCACCGGGCAGCACUCUGCACGGGAAGGCACUGCCCUGAUCCCUGGGCCACCGGGCAGCACUCUGCACGGGAAGGCACUGCCCUGAUCCCUGGGCCACCGGGCAGCACUCUGCACGGGAAGGCACUGCCCUGAUCCCUGGGCCACCGGGAAGCACUCUGCACGGGAAGGCACUGCCCUGAUCCCUGGGCCACCGGGAAGCACUCUGCACAGGAAGGCAGAACACUGCCCUGAUCCCUGGGCUACCGGGCAGCACUCUGCACAGGAAGGCAGAACACUGCCCUGAUCCUUUGACUUUAUUUGCCUUUUUGCAGAGUAAUGAGUUGACUCCCUAGCACUCCCCCAAGGUAGCUAAUAAUUAUUUAAUGCCACCGCGAACUCAUGGUUUGAAAUACAGUGAUAUGUUUAAUCCAUUGCAGUUACUCUUCGGUAGCAAGUUGUUGAAUUGAGAAUUUCGUUUUUGUUUAGUUUGUUUGGAGAUGGAGCCUUGCUCUUUCACCCAAGCUGAGUGCAGUGGCGUGAUCUAGACUCACUGCAACCUUGACCUCCUGGGUUCCAGUGAUUCUCCUGCCUCAGUCUCCCAAGCAGCUGGGACUACAGGUGCGCGCCACCACGCCUGGCUAAUUUUUUGUAUUUUUAGUAGAGAUGGAGUUUUACCGUGUUAGCCAGAAUGGUCUCCAUCUCCUGACCUGGUGAUCCGCCCACCUCGGCCUCCCAAAGUACUGGGAUGACAGGCGUGAGCCACCGCCCGGCCUGGAAUUGAGAAUUUACUUGUGACAGAAUAUUGAAGCAGUGGUGAAUGACGAACGCUACAAGUUAAAUUCAGUAGGGCAGGAGGUCUCAUCUAGUAACUCAGGCAUACCCAUGAUGUCAAAUCACAGCUUCCCACUUCGCAGUUCAGAGCACUCUUGAUUAAGGUUCAACAAUUAUUUUAAUACUAGGCCAAAAGAGAUCCCUCACAGUGAUGCCAGUUAGGAGACAGUUGGGUUUUUAUCUUGUUGCUGGGUCUUGUCCCGGGAUUCUCUGCCCCAUCUGAGUAAAGCAUUGUGGGAUAAAGGAAUUUCUCAGGGCCAGGAGCUUCUCAAGUUAAAUCACUAGAAAUUUAGGUAUGAUCUGGGCCUUCAAAUGUGUGAGAAGCUGUAUCCUUUUAUUUCUCACUGUAUUUUCCCCAACUUCUAGUUGACAAGAAACCAUUCUUGAGGUCGGGCGUGGUGUCUCAUGCCUGUAAUACCAGCACUUUGGGAGGCGAGGUAGCUGGAUCGCCUGAGCUCAGGAGUUUGAAACCAGCCUGGCCAACAUAGUGAAACCCCGUCUCUACUAAAAAUACAAAAAAUUAGCCAGGCAUGGUGGUGCACGCCUGUAAUCCCAGCUACUUGGGAGGCUGAGGCAGAAUUACUUGAACCUGGGAGGCGGAGGUUGCAAUGAACUGAGAUUGUGCCAUUCCACUCCAGCCUGGGCAGCAAGAGUGAAACUCUGUCUCAAAAAAGAAUUUUAUUGAAGAGUGUUUAUAUGUGGGAACGAAGGCAGUAUUGUAAGAUUUCAAGUCAUCCUUAAACAAAAUGACCCACCUAAGAACCUGGUCCGGUGAAAUCAGCUGGCGUUAGUUCCUCCGAGUUGUUUAUAUUCUGGUGUCCUUGUGUGUGAGUUAUUCAUUUAUAGUCACUGUAUCUCUUUUAAAAUAGAAAGUGUUUUUAUUAUGCAUGUCCUUUCAGAUCCCACCUGUAGCUGAUACUUUGAAUCGACCACGUCCAAAUCUGAGCAUCUUAAACUUCAGCAGGAAGCCGUGAGUUAUGGACGUCUAGAAAAACCGAUGUUCAUCUUACUCGUUUAUCCUGGGAUGGUGCCUUCAGCUUGGAAUCGGAUGGAACACCGCCACCCUCGCAAAGAUCUUUUUCCAUCUUGACCUUCACGGGAAUUGCUUGUUGAGUAACUGCCACAACCCAGCUUUGCAGAGAGGAUAUCUUAGGAAGGAAUGAAGCAAGCCACAUCAGAGUGCGUGACCUGGCUCAGAUGUCAAUAUGACUGUUGUUACGUGUCUUUUCCUGUGUCUGCGACAGGUUAAUUUAACGCAAGAACGCUGCAGGUCCUCAGGGCUGGUGUAAAAACAGCUCACCCUGAUGCGAUAAAGCAGUCAGCUUUUCUUGUUGCCAUUGGCUGCCAGCACCCAUUCUUUGUGGAUAUGAAAACGCCACAGGUGCUGCACUUCCUCCUCGGGCAUUCCUCAGCACCCAUGCCUGUCUGCAGAGCGGGGCCCAGGAUGGAAGGCGUGUACCCCACUCUGUCCCCUGAUGUGGAGCUUGGCCCUGCAGCUUGACAGCACCCAUGGAAUGUGGACAGAAGUGACAGCAACCAGCUCUGCCUCUUCACUGAGGCAGCACAUGUUCUGCUUGUGCCCUGGGAGCCUCCACCUUCCACACUGUGGGAAGAGGGUGCCCAGGGAGCUGCAGUCCCUCCAGCCUAGCCCAGGACAAGGCCGGGGAGCAGAGCCAUCCCAGCUGACCUGCACCUCACAGCCCUGCAGGUGUGGGGGAAAUGCGUGUUGUACACACUGAGUUUUCAGGUGGCUGUUACGUGGUGGCAUUGCCUGACACGGACAGAAAAGAGAUCCACCAGGGAGAAGAGAGAGUCUGGAGACCCCGCAUCGAAGAGGCCACAGGCUGCAGGGGAAGGAUGGCUGCUUAGAAGCAAAAGAGGACUCAGAUUCAGUAAAGGCUGGUGAGACAUGACCAUCAUCCCCGCUGUCCGGGAGCCCUCAAUCCAGGCACACACAUCUUCUGAAGAGGAGGCAGAGGCUGGGGUGACGCAGCCACAACCAAGGAAGACAGCCCACAGAAACUGGAUGGCAAGGAGGGUCCGCCCAUAACCUGCAGGAGGUAGAGCAAGGUCCUGCUGUCAUCCUGACCUCAGACGUCCAGUCUCCAGAAGUGAGAAGAUCCAUUUCUAUUCUUCAGGAAAAGGCGAAAAUUGACAUCAAAGGAUAUUCUAGAUUCUUGACAGCAUUCGAGGAUAGCAGCAGCAUCUCAGGAUGAGGGCCAUGAGGCUGCUGGGGGCACUGCUGGCACUGGCCACCCUGCUGCAGGUGGCUCUGUCCCUGAAGAUAGCAGCCUUCAACAUCCAGACAUUUGGGGAGACCAAGAUGUCCAAUGCCACCCUCGUCAGCUACAUUGUGCAGAUCCUGAGCCGCUAUGACAUUGCCCUGGUCCAGGAGGUCAGAGACAGCCACCUGACGGCCGUGGGGAAGCUGCUGGACAACCUCAAUCAGGAUGCACCAGACACCUAUCGCUACGUGGUCAGUGAGCCACUGGGACGGAACAACUAUAAGGAGCGCUACCUGUUUGUGUACAGGCCUGACCGGGUGUCCGCAGUGGACAGCUACUACUACGAUGACGGCUGCGAGCCCUGUGGGAACGACACCUUCAGCCGAGAGCCGGCCAUCGUCAGAUUCUCCUCCCCUUUCACAGAGGUCAGGGAGUUUGCCAUUGUUCCCCUGCAUGCUGCCCCAACAGACGCGGUAGCUGAGAUUGAUGCUCUCUAUGACGUCUACCUGGAUGUCCAAGAGAAGUGGGGCUUGGAGGUGAGGCCAUACAAAGGGCAGUGGGUGCCAGCGGCCUCCGUUGUCCCUGGGCCCACAGGCGGUGUUUCCUGGCAGGAUAUCAUGUUGAUGGGAGACUUCAAUGCGGGCUGCAGCUACGUGAGACCCUCCCAAUGGUCAUCCAUCCGUCUGCGGACAAGCCCCAUAUUCCAGUGGCUGAUCCCCGACACCGCUGAUACCACGGCUAUGUCCACGCACUGCGCCUAUGACAGGAUCGUGGUUGCAGGGACGCUGCUCCAAGACUCCGUUGUUCCCGACUCCGCUCUCCCCUUUAACUUCCAGGCUGCCUAUGGCCUGAGUGACCAACUGGUACGUGUCCUCCCUUGCCCAGCCACAUGGGGACGGGAUACAGCCCAGACCCCAUGCCCACUUCCCUGCAGGCCCAAGCCAUCAGUGAUCACUACCCAGUGGAGGUGAUACUGAAGUGAGCAGCCCCUCCCCACACCAGUUGAACUGGAGGAAGAGAGGACCCAGCACACCGCAGGACCCACACAAAAAGCCCAAUGCUCAGGUUAAGAAAUACCUUUUAAUUGAGGUAAAUAAAGCUCAAGGAUGUGGGGCUGUC